CUUUUUUCCAGUGGUUUGAUAGGUCAGAGUUGGGCCAUGUUGUUUGCCAGUUCUGGUUAUGAAAUAAAGCUGUUUGAUUCUCAUCAAAGCCAGGUAGAAAACGCGUUGAGUAAUAUUGAAGAACAACUACAUUUUCUAGAGAAAGAAGGUCUAUUAAGAGGAGAAUUAUCUCGACAAGAACAACGAGAGAGAAUUUCAAGUUGCUCGUUAUUAGAAGAUUGUGUUAAGGACUCAUUUUACAUUCAAGAAUGUGUUCCUGAAAGACUAGAAACCAAAAAGAGAGUAUGGAGUGAAAUCGAUAAACUUGCAGACAGUACAACAAUCUUUGCAAGUUCAACAAGUUCCUUAUUGCCGUCCAAUAUAUCUCAACAUCUUCAAAAUAAAAACCGUUUUCUUGUUGUUCAUCCGACAAACCCACCAUACUAUGCUCCCCUUGUGGAACUAAUUCCAGCACCAUGGACAGAUGAUGAUGUAGUACCUACAACUAAGUCUUUAAUGCUACAAGUGGGUCAGGUUCCUGUUAUAUUAAAGAAGGAGAUUGAUGGCUUCGCUCUGAAUAGAAUACAAUAUUCAAUUCUGGGAGAAGCAUGGCGACUUAUAAAUGAUGAUGUGAUCAGUGCUGAAGAUUUAGAUAAAGUUAUGUCUUCUGGAUUAGGUGUACGCUACGCUUUCAUGGGGCCAUUGGAAACGGCAUAUCUCAAUGCCGAUGGUAUGCAUUCAUAUUAUGAACGUUAUGGUGAUAUGAUCUAUGCGUUACAGAACUCGUUUGGCCCACCACUAAAAAUGCAAGGAGAAACGGGUGAUAAAAUCCAGAAAGAACUUGAAAAAUAUUCUUGUCCGGUUUCAGAAAUUCCACUCAGACGUCAAUGGAGAGAUAAACGCUUAGUGGCUUUAGCUAAACUGAAAAAGGAAUUA